AAGAAUCACAAACACCUGACAUUUGGGUUAAAGCUGUUGCUAUAAAAGAUGGAUCGAAAUUGCUAUAAAAGACAGAGCAAAUUGGUUUUAAGCAAAGUGUUUUAAAAAUGAAAUACUUGAAGGUCUUCAUCAUAGCCUUUGCGGUACUUGCCUUAAUUAUUUGCAGCAGCAAUGUUGAUGCUAAUCCUACAGAUAGCGAUGAGCCAAUACAGGAUCGUCGUUUCCGUUGGGAAUUAUCUGAUGAAGAUAACGCCGAUCCACUAAUUGAGGAAGCUUAUGAUAAUGAUGAAAGCAAUUCUUUAGAUAGCGACGAGCCGAUAGACGAGGAUAACGACGAGCCAAUACAGGAUCGUCGUUACCGCUGGGCUUUCUCUGAUGAAGAUCGAGCCGAUCCGUUGGAUUCAUGAAGAAGUACCAGUAAUGCUGAUUAUGGGCUACUGGAAUAGGCAGUAUAAUUGCCAAAGGCGCGGGCUAUGUUUUUUGUUGUUUGUUGUUAAUGAGAGAAAAAAUACUUAAUUUGUGAAGGUUUUAGAAUAAAUAAAUAUGUUUUUGAAUACUUCA